UUGUUGACUAGGGUUUUAUUUUCUCCAUUUUUGGAACAUCACUACGGAGAAAGCUCGCAGCUGUAUCAGCAAUGGUGCUCAAGACGGAACUCUGUCGUUUCAGUGGUGCCAAGAUAUAUCCUGGGAGGGGAAUCAGAUUUAUUCGUUCUGAUUCUCAGGUGUUUCUAUUUGUCAACUCAAAAUGCAAACACUACUUCCACAAUCGCCUGAAGCCUUCAAAACUUACAUGGACAGCUAUGUAUAGGAAGCAACACAAGAAGGAUAUUGCCCAAGAAGCUGCUAAGAAGAGGCGCCGCACAACAAAGAAGCCUUACUCCAGGUCCAUUGUAGGUGCAACCUUAGAGGUUAUCCAGAAGAAGAGAACUGAAAGGCCAGAAGUUCGAGAUGCUGCCAGGGAGGCUGCUCUCCGUGAAAUCAAGGAAAGGAUCAAGAAGACCAAGGAUGAGAAGAAAGCCAAGAAGGCUGAGGUGCAGGCCAAGUCACAAAAAGCUGGAGGUAAGGUUAACGUCUCUAAGGGUGGAUCAAAAGGACCUAAGCUUGGUGGUGGCGGUGGAAAACGUUAAGCAACAUUUUGUUUUUUUACUUGUAAGUCAGUUGAGAGUUUUUUUCACGGCACUGUAAGUGGCAUCAUUUACCAGUCUUAUUGUAGUCAAAACAGCAGACAGUAAUUUCUCUAAACAAAUGUUUUUGCAUUUUAAUGUUGCUAUUGAUUCGUUGAUGGACUGCAGUUAAAUGCAGUUCUUCUCAGUUCUCGCUCUUAAA